AUGCAUUUCCCCGUCCGCAACCUCACGGAUACGCCCGCCGUGAAUACGAACGAUCCCGUAGAGAAUGCCCCCACCACCACCACAGUCUCUGGUGAGCCCAAAGACCCCGCCCCCGCCGCAGGCUCUGCAAAGUCCACCGCCCCCGGCUCGGCUGCCAGCCGCGGCCAGACGGAGCCUAUGGCCCUCACUCCCGCGGCGACUCCCUCACAGGCCAUGAACGUCACUCCCGCAGCGGCUCCCUCACAGGCCAUGGACGUCACUCCUGCGGUGACUCCCUCACAGGCUAUGGACGUCACCCCCGCGGUGGCACCUGGAACGACCCAGUAUCUCAGUCCCCCAGUGGCCCCUGAAAGGCCCCAGUACUACGCUCCCCCGGUGGCACCCCCACAGGCCAUUACUCGCGUUGGCCAAAAACCCCGGAAGCGCACUACCUCCGUUACCGUCAAACCCGAGCCUAGAAUCGAAGAACUGGCCGACGAACGAGUGAAUAUCGUUAUCAUUCCCAACGGCAGCCAAUGGCCCGUAACUUUCAUGAAGCCGAAGUUGUCAACGCGCGUCUCGAAAGUUCUCAUGUCGUACAUGGCGCAGAACGCGAUCGCGCCCAGCACGAUCCGCUUCUACUAUGCGAGCUUUGGACAGGUCAUGCAGUACGAUAGAUCUACAGUCGGCGAUGUCAUCAAGCAUUCGGAUCCGGAAUAUAUGGAUAUGGGCGGUAAGCACUACGUGAUCGAGGCGUAUUAUGAACAGGCGGGUGGAAAGCCUAGUGGCAAACAGGAGCUACGGAUCACUUAG